GUCCAUUCUUUUAUUUGUCGUAAAACACAGGCACGUGUAUUUCACGUUCAUUUCAAACUACAUGAGGUAAAUGCAAAUCUUGAGAUCGACCUUUGGAACAUCUUGUGUCGUCGAUAUUAGCAUCUUUACGUUAAUUUCAAUGGAGCAAAUCGAAGCUCCACUCAAUUUUGUUAUAUCGUUACAAAACGGCAAGUCUUAGUAACUGCUGUCGUCAUAAGUACAUUUAUAAUUUUUUCUUAGUCGAUGACUUUAAUUAAAGCUUUGAACAAAAUGCUUUCGUUUUUUUGUAUUGAAUUAUAUUCCUGGAACUAUUUAUCAUAUAAUGUAAAGAAUAUAGGAACCCUGCAGUUUGCUAUAAGCUUUUCGACAACAACAACAUUUACGGUGUUCCAAAUUUCUUUGCAAUUUUACCAUUAAAUUUUCCAUUUCCUAUUGGUUUAUUAUGGGUUCAUCCUGGUCAAAACUAGUGUUAAAAAAAGAAGAAGAAGAACUUUUAGAGAAAGCCAGACAAUAUGUGAAGAAAAAAGGACUUGAUGGUAUACGUAGUUUCCGCAAUGAACUAGAAGCUACAUGGGAGAGGUUUGAGUUAUAUUUUGCCGUAAUUGGAUCAAGCAAUUCAGGAAAGUCGUUAUUCAUCAACAACAUAAUACGAUUUGAAGCAUACGAAGAAGUGUCAUCACUAAAUGACGUAUCACCUUCGAGGAAAACGUAUCCUCAUCCUAAAUACCAAAAUGUCAAACUCUGUGAUCUACCAGGCAUCGGAACACCUGAAAAUCCCAAUGUUGAAACAUAUUGCAGGAAUAUCGGUGAUCUCAAGAAGUACGACGCGUUUCUAAUUUUUAGCAAAUCCAGUUUCACAGACCAUGAGAUAGAACUGGUUAAAAAAGUUUCAAAAGAGCUCCAAAGGCCUUUCGUCUGUAUUCAUACGCAUGAGCAUGUCGAUGUAACGAAUGACGAAGACCUCAAUAGAUCGCGGCUCUAUGGAGCCACUUCAUUAUAUGAAAUAAAGGAAGACUGCUUUGACAAGCUGAAAGGUUUGGUAAAAGAUACAAGUGAUAUCUACAUAAUUGACAACAAUGAUCCAGAAAAAUAUGACUUUGACAGUCUACGCGACGAUGUCAUUUUAAAGUUGCUUAAACGUCGUAAAGAGUAUUUCUUGAAUUGCUUGAACGGUGUCAUUUACGGUAACAAGGAUGUAAGCGAACAAGAAAAACGUCUAGAAGAAGCAAAGUUUCACGUUGGUAAACAUGGUUUGACUGAUGUUGAUGAUUUUAUUCAAGAUCAAAUUGAAUCGUGGAGAAACAUGGAUGUACACAUUGCCAUAACAGGAGGUUCUGGAACAGGGAAAUCAUCUUUCAUCAACGCUGUGCGAGGACUUAAACCUUAUGAAAAGGGUGCAGCACCAGUUAAUGUUACAGUUGAUGAAACAGGGCCCACUGAAUAUUCUCAUCCUGAAAAUGAAAACAUCAAACUCUGGGAUCUACCUGCUAUUGGAACACCUAAAUAUCUCAAUAUUGAAGAAUAUUGCAAGAUUGAGGGUGGUCUUAAGAAGUAUGACGCUUUUCUUAUUUUUUCCAAAUCCCGGUUCACUCAAAAUGACAAAGAACUGGUUAAGAAAGUUUCAAAAGACCUCGGCAAGCAUUUCUUCUUCGUUCGCACCAAUGUUGACACCGAACUCAAAUAUGCGGAAGAGGACGAAGGACCAAAGUUCGAUGAAGCAUCUUUCUUGGAAAAAAUAAAGAAAAAUUGUUUCAGAAACCUGAAAGACUUAAUUCAUAGCGAAAAAGAUAUCUACAUGAUUGACAACAAGUUUCCAGAAAAAUAUGAUUUCAAUCGUUUGCAUGAAGAUAUCAUUUCAAAGUUGCAAGAACGUCGAAAUGAACGCUUUCUAAAGUCUUUGAACGACGUUAUUUACAAAAAUUAAGUCAAUGAACAAAGAUGAUCAUUCUGAUUAGGUAAUUUCGACAUCACACAAACCUUAAUAUUUCUGAAAUCAAUAAGGAUGAGCGAAAACUGUAUGAUUGUUUUUUAAUAGGUUUUUUAAUAUAGCCAUGUAUGCAUGAAUGAAAGGCAAGACUUGUGUUACAAGGAUGAAAGUUUUCUUCAGAACAGAAGCUGUAUAUACUCAAACCUUGCCAAUUAAUAGUAUACAGCACUAUAUUUAUAUGAACAAACAAUUUUAUUUUGCGAUUUUGGUUUCUAACUAUCCGACCUUAAAUAUGUAUGUUAACUUUUUA